AAGCUGUGGUUGAGAUUUUGAAACCGUGGAUUCGUUGCUCGAGGGCAGAAGGUGUCCUUUUUGGGCUUUUUGAUGUGGUCUGGGGCCUGCUAAUGACGUCAUUUGGACCUUUUCAGCCAAUCGGAGUCGCGAAUUAUCGGUCUUUGCGCACGGCUGGCGUGUAGACGAGAAAAAGACGGCCAUUUUGUUUUGCAAGUGACUGUUUUCGGUCUUUUUCCUGCUCUUGAUGGGAUGGAUCGUCAUGGAAUGAUUUAAUGUCUACUCACAUUUGGUGAUCAGAUUCUGGAGUAGAGAUCCCCAGCGUGAAAUAAUCUUAUGGGGUGGUAAUUAAGCCAGAAAACGCCCUCUUUUCACGUCUGUGAUUCUUGGGAAAAUUGUCAAGACCGAUCCCUUCGUUUCCCUGCCCCUACUUUCCUCGAUUCAUUUUGGAUUAUUUCGGGUGGAUUUCUUGGAAUACGAGUAUUGUGCUUCGAUUAUUUCGGAUUCUAAGGAACAAGCACAUUCAUGGUUAAGUGGUUACUGUGGUAGGACGAGUGAUAUUGCUAAAAAAUCAUUAACAAUCCAAGAUGUCUACCAAUCGACACGAUCGAGCUGCACUGCAGACUGUGCAUGAAUCCUCGCACACCGAUCAUCAUCACCGGGUUGGCCGUGGCGUCGGUUCAAAAGGCACAGAUGACAACGCAAACCCAAGGAUUUCCUCCAGAGGGCGGUCUGAUGAGCCCCACAUAGGAAAGUACCGACUGAUCAGAACCAUCGGAAAAGGGAACUUCGCCAAAGUGAAGCUUGCUAAACAUGUGCCAACUGGCAGAGAGAAGACGAGUGCCCACCCUAUGUUGCCCCAGUCUCUAGUUGCCAUCAAGAUUAUAGAUAAAACACAGUUAAAUCCAUCAAGUCUGCAAAAGCUCUUCAGAGAAGUCAGAAUAAUGAAGCUGUUAGACCACCCCAAUAUAGUCAAACUCUUUGAAGUGAUAGAAACUGACAAGACAUUAUACCUGGUUAUGGAAUAUGCCAGCGGAGGUGAAGUAUUUGACUACCUCGUUGCACAUGGGAGAAUGAAAGAAAAGGAAGCCAGGGCCAAAUUUAGACAGAUUGUGUCAGCAGUUCAGUAUUGUCAUCAAAAACACAUAGUACAUAGGGAUUUAAAAGCUGAAAAUUUACUUCUGGAUGCAGACAUGAACAUAAAAAUAGCAGAUUUCGGGUUUAGUAAUGAAUUCACACCAGGGAACAAAUUGGACACGUUUUGCGGUAGUCCUCCCUAUGCAGCACCUGAAUUGUUCCAAGGUAAAAAGUACGACGGACCUGAAGUAGAUGUUUGGAGUUUAGGUGUCAUAUUAUACACAUUAGUCAGUGGGUCAUUACCAUUUGAUGGUCAAAAUUUAAAGGAAUUACGAGAAAGAGUGUUACGGGGGAAAUACAGAAUACCUUUUUAUAUGUCAACAGACUGUGAAAAUCUCCUGAAGAAAUUUUUAGUACUAAAUCCCGCCAAACGGUGUAGUUUAGAAACGAUAAUGAAGGACAAGUGGAUGAAUAUAGGUUGUGAAGACGAUGAACUAAAACCAUAUAUAGAACCCACCCCAGAUAUUAAUGACUCCACCAGAAUAGAUCUUAUGGUCAACAUGGGCUUCAAUAGGAAAGAAAUCGAGGACUCCUUGACGCAGAACAAAUAUGACGAUGUCACGGCAACGUAUCUUCUGCUUGGCAGAAGAACGGCGGAGGUAGGGUUCAACAAUUUCGAUGGCUGUGAUUCUCGCUCAGGUAGUAACUUGUCACUGAAACAACUACAAAUACCGCAUCGGCAAAAUAGUGAACUGAAUGCGAAUACGACACCAUCACCUUCUCAUCCGAAUAGCAAAGUGACGAGGAGUAUAUCUGCCACGCAGCAGAAGACGAGAAGACUUAGUCAGGGUGAUACAUCGGGUAAGGCACCAAGUCAUAGACCAACCCAGAGUGCGACGUCGUAUCAAAAAACGCCAGCAGUUAUAGACACGAGCAUGAAGGAGAAUACGUCAAUGGUCCCUCGGUCACAUCCUCACAGAAGUUCAACUUCCUCCACAACGUCGUCCACGCCGUCUUCGAGGUUGGAUUCUGGAAAGGUUCAUAUGUCCCGUACUCCCGAGGCUAGGAAAAAACCUUUAGAUAAUCAGCCAAAAUAUAUCCGAGACCGGCGGCUUAUCACAGAUGAUCAUAGGAAACUAAUAGAUGAUAAGGCAAGGGAAAGACGGUUGAUGAAUGAAGACAAGGUAAUCGACGAAACGUCUUCGUCUGCUAGUCCUGGCAAGUCGGCAAUCCCCAAAAAGCAACCCCCCAAGAAUAGUGUAAUACCAGGUAUAACUAGGCGGAAUACGUUUGGUUACGGUGACAACAAGGGCCAAAUGAUAGACAAAACCGGAGAAAAAUUGAAUAAAUUAACCGUGAAUGCAACGUCAACAACGAGUUCCACCACAACCACUACAACAACUGAAAUCAAGGACAUCCGAAGCCAGCUUGCCAAUGCUACUCCUUCUACAACCAGCUCAACUGAUAAGCCUGCUGCCAGACCAAAAGGCCAUGUUAAAUCGGCCAGCACGUCAGUUACAACUCGCAUGGACUUGCCACCUCUAUAUGACCCCAUAGAUCCAUUAAGGCCAACGACCGCACCUGGGAAGACCUCAUUACCAGUGUCCCCCGUCAGCAGCACACGGUUUCCACGUAAUACUGCCAGUCGUAGCACAUUCCACGGUGGGCCAAUCCGACGCACUCCUGGUGCUGCGUAUAACAGCCCGGGAUUACCGUUGCAUAGCCAGGAUACUGGAUCAGUCACCAGCAACCAACGGGCAGGCAUCUCCUUCUUUAACAAAAUCACCUCGAAGCUCAGUAGAAGGAACUAUCACACUCUUACCACGAGAAUUCGCUCUCCUGAUCGUGAAACACCGGCUCACCGAAGCGAACUGACUGUAUCUGAGAAUAGGUUUCAGUUCAUGGAUAGUAUGAGGAGAAAAGAGGACAGUCCACUUUCGGCCUUGAAGGGACACCGUAACCUUAACCGAGCUCAAAAUAGGGAGAAACUGAAACUGCCAAAGUCGAUGCACGAAGACCAAGUAAAACCAAGGUCACUGCGAUUUACGUGGAGCAUGAAGACAACUAGUUCUAUGGACCCUAAUGACAUGAUGAAGGAGAUUAGAAAGGUGCUAGACGCAAACAACUGCGACUAUGAGCAGCGCGAGAAAUUCUUGCUGCUCUGCGUGCAUGGUGAUCCAAACACGGACAGCCUGGUGCAAUGGGAAAUGGAAGUAUGCAAGCUACCACGGCUUUCUCUCAAUGGGGUACGCUUUAAGCGGAUAUCAGGAACUUCGAUUGGCUUCAAAAAUAUUGCUUCUAAAAUUGCCAAUGAACUGAAACUGUGAUUAGGAGACUUGGAGUAUGUUCUUUCAUUUUAGAUAUCAUCCGUUUGAUAUGUUGUUUUCCAUUAUGAGCUAUAGACAGAUAGUGACGUCAUCAUGUUUUCGUUGCUGAUCCUGCCGCUAGGGUUAAUAUUUGGACUCGGUAUGUAGAUUUGAUAUGAAUAAAUAGCCUGGUCCUCCCAACAACUUGAGAAGUGAUAUUCACAAAUGAAUACAUACCUUAUCUGUUUUAUUUGGUCUUCACUUGGAAGCCUCUUGUUGUUGGCAGAUGUUGGCACCAAAUGCAGCAAAUAGAGCAUGUUUCCUCAUAUUUUUCUAGCGGUAGGGUUCGGAAUGAGCCGACCGAUACUUGCUCUCUAUUUGAGACUAGCUAGCUAUCGGCAUUCAUUCAACCUCGAUCAUGAAGUCUUUCUUGUUCCCCAGUAGGCAAUGAGUCCGAAUGUGUGUCCAUUGAUUCUAGAAUCGACUCUGAGCCCCAUUAUUUUGGCAGCCAAUUCAUCAUAAGUAAAAAACUGCGGCUUGCCAUAAAAUGGGGUGAACAGUGUUUUAUAUAUACGAAUUAUGUGUACAAAUGUACAAAUAAUGUGGCUAUUGAUCGGUAAGAUAAAUUAGUAACAUUGCAUAUUAUUCAUAAACCACUUUACCCAAUUUCUUAAUGCAGACCGAUCUCGCUGCCCUUAUGUGGCAUUUUGACACUGUGUCUUUCUGUGUGAACGGUAUUUUGUAACUUGGUAACAUGGUGCAAUCAUUUCUUCAUGCGUAGCAAUCGUGUAGGCCUGAUUUCAAAAUUGCUGACAGUCUUGCUUCCUUGGGCAAAGUUCAAUCUCCUGCAGAAUGGGCAUUCAAGAAAUUUGCUCUUAUCGUGCUUCAAUUCUAUUUAACUAUAGUUCAGUGAGAAUAGUGCCAAAUGGUAAGAGGUAAAGAUGAGUAGUCAAGGUACUAGGCCAUGCCAGAGUUAUGCCAAAGUUCAUCUUGAUCAAAAUGUAGAUGAAAACUUGGAUAUAUUAAGGUCGCAUUUGCUUUUCUAGCAGUAACGUUUGUGUGUUUGUAAAGGUAAUCAACCUGCCAUGUGCCUUUAGUGCUCCUGGUUCAACUGGUUUAGGGAGUUAAAGAAAUUGACUUUAAUAAAUUGUUUUAGCACGAUAAAUAUCGCCAAAAUACCAUAUUUCAACCAGUUCUGAUAAAUUGAUGAGAACACCUUUGAUUCCUAGCCCUUAAGUGUUGGACUAGCUCACUUGCCAUGACUGGUAUGGCUUGAGCAGAAUAUGGGUGGCAUUCUGAAUGUACCAUUAAAUUUGACAAGAUGUGGACUUUGGUCGUUUCAUGGCAGUAUGGUUUGCAGUUCUAUUCAGUCAUCCAUAUAAUUGGAAAGAUGAAAAUAAUAUGAGGACCAAUGUUAUUUUGGCAUCCACGGCUACUUGCAUGCAUUCAUGGCUACUUGCAUGAAGUGAGUAAACCUGAAAAUAGCCAAACCGCAAUCUGUUCUAAUAUCAUGUUUGACAAUCAGGUACGUUUCUGUUGUGGCUAUUUUCUAUAAACGCUGUACUUUUGUCCGAUGUGAUCCCUCAAAUCGUGUACAAGUAUCCUGGUAUGUAAUCAUGUUCACAAUCGUGUGCAUGAAUCCUUGCAUGUACAUGGUUGUGUGCAUGUAUCCUUGCAUGUACAUGGUCGUGUGCAUGUAUCCUCGUAUGUACAUGAUCGUGUGCAUGAAUCCUUGCAUGUACAUGGUUGUGUGUAGGUAUCCUUUUUUACAUGUUUACACGUGUAUAUACUACACGUGUAAACCUUCAGCAGAAAAUUGUCUUUUUAUACUUGAAUGUAAUCAUGGGCAAUUUUGAAAAUGCAAUAUUUCUGUUAAAACUUUAGCAUCUGCUAGUCUUAAAAUUUUUCCGACCUCGAUCAUCAAGCACAAGAUUAUCAUUCAAAAACUCUUCUUCUGUAGAUUGAUGCAUCUUUCACAAUUAUGUGACCUGCCAAACUAAAAAAUGGUGUGUCCCCGCCGAGGUUAUAAAAGAUUUGAAAACAGGGUGCAAUUUAAAUUCAGUGUUUUGACAUUUGAAAAACAAGGCUUUGUGUGCAGAAUCAUGGAUGUGCAUGAACUCUGGAAUCUAAAUAUUGUCUGUAACAUUGGUGACGUCUUGCUUGAAAUUCUCAUCCAAAACCAUCAAAUCUUAUGAUUCAUUCUGGACUUUUUGGACUUCAUUUGAUGGGGCAAAUAUAACAAAGCUUCAUCCAGUGCUAAAAUUGUUUAUGGUAGAUUUGUUGUCUCUUCCCAAGUGUCGCCGUCCCAGGAACUCUGACCAGUGGACUUCUCAGUGACUGAGACUGUUAAAAAUUGACAGCAACUCUAUUUGUUGGAUCUUUACCUUCAUGACAGUUGUGACUAACCAAAGGUAGAAUCUAUUUAUCAGUCAGCAAGUAGUCUGCCUGAAUGUUGAGAAAUUUGGGUAUUUGCUAGGUUUCAUUUCUGAGUCUUUCUCUAAGUAGGAACAAAGACUCCUCUAUCACCUUCUGAACUCCAGUAACUUAAUGUUUUGAGGGAAAUGGAAAUUUUUGGGUUAAAAUAUUGUCAGGUGAACUUAAUAGAUCAGAAACAAAAAAAAAGUCUUAAAUUAUUGUCAGUUUCUCAAGUGGGAUCAACUUUAAGGAUGGGUGCUUGGUAUGCAAGGAGGGUAUUGCUUCGGUCACAAUAACUAGUCAUGCUAGCUAUAUUAUCAUGUGCAGAAAUGCUUCAAAAUAUUUCUAAAUUGGUCAAAAAACGCUGGAAAAUGGUUCCUCGUAGGCACACCCUUGGGUUCUGUUUGAACUGGCAAAUAAUGCAUAAUCGCCGAUGAUCAAAACUGGACCUGUCUAUUCUCGUUCAUUUGUAUCUGCAGCUUUUCUCUUCAGAUCACAUUCGUAGCAAAUUCUUCCUUAGAUCAAAUUUAAGAACUGUUCUGUUACUAAUCCUAGCUUCGUGCAACUGUAACCAUUGUCCAGUAUGGUCUUCAGCUUACAUCCUCUUAUUGAGUGAUGGUCGAUUAUAACUUCAGGCUAUUGCAGCCUCUGAUCAUGAUACAGUUUAAAAUCCCAAUUGAUUUUCUGCCUUUCACACAUAGUCCGUUGAUUUAGUCUUUCUUUGCGACUUUUUUGGCUCAGUAGUACAAGUUAUUGGUUGGAUUGCUUUGAAGUUGUGAUUUUUAUAUUGCGCGUUGUGACCAAUGUAAUCAAUUGUUAUCUGGAUUUGUUAGGGUUCAACAUUUGUCUGAGCAGAGUUUUUUACCUUGGUUACUAAAAUGGAGUGUUCGGUUGCAAUGCUAAGCUUCGAUAAAUAAAAAUGUCAACUUUAAGGAAUCUGACAAAGUUAUUGCUCCAGAGCCCAAAAGCUUUGAACAAAGACUAAGUAAUUUGGCUAUAGGCCUCCUGUCGUUUCUGUGUAAGUAGUAAGAUUGUUCCUUUGGUCAUCUGAAACACGAGUUGCUCAUGACAGUUUAUGCUGUUAUCGAGUUGUAAAAAACCUAUUUGUUAUUUGUUAACAGUGUUAAGCGAUUUCCCCUCAACCUGUUAGAUUAGAAUGUGAGCCGGUCUUCAGCGGUAGAAGCUGUGUUGUUAUUUUUCUCAACAGUACAAAUUUUGCUGAUGUUCUACAACUGCAAGCCGAUUGACUGUGCUAUCAUGGCUUUAGAAAGCAGCUAAAACUUGUAUAUUCAUACAGCCCAAGACUAUAAGGGCAGAUUUAAUUUCACACAAAUAUGCAGUCAGUAAUAACUUGCCAAACUCAAGUUUUGGUGCAGAGGAAGACAUUUUCAGUGGUCCCAUGUCUUGUAAAAUUACCAUUGAAUUCAAAUUAAUGUGCAGUACUUGGCGAAUGGCUGUAUUGAAGUCUUCUCUCAUUGUAUAAUAUAUCUCCUCAUUUAUGGAUCGUAGUUAAAUUAGUGGAGGCCACUAAUGAGAAUGAAUCUCAUCAACACGUCUCGCCUCAGUAGAUGCCUAACAAACAACACAUUUAGAAUUGAGCAAUAUUUCAUUACCAUAAGCCGUGGUGGUCUCUUCCAUGUCUAGAUUCUUGUACUAAGUAACAAAAAUCCUUAUACGGUUGUACUUAGCAGUGUUCACUUGGUCGAGAAUUUAAAGUGUGUGAAGUUCACUGACCUUGGCCAUGUUUGUGUACAUUCAUAAGGUUAACGAGUUGCUCACAUUUUGGACUUUUUACACAAUUUUCAGCUCUUGAAUUCUUCCAGGAUAUUACCAAAGUGCACAAUGGCCUAUUUCGAAUGGACCAAUUUUUAGAAUAAAUACUGUUGUGUAACCUGCAGCAGGGGUUUGAUGUUGGCAUGCGAUUCCUGGCUGGUGAACAUUGCUUGGGGUGUGGGGCGGUGGUUGUACUGGCAGCUGUCAAGUCGGCUUCUGCGAGGGCCUGUAUCAUAGCUCUCCUUUCAUGAGGGCAUUCUCAGAUUUGAUGAUCACAUUGUACAGUGUAACCAAGUUAAAUAAUUUGACUGUGUAUAGGUAAUAUUUCAUUUUGUAAAUAAUGUACAAGACCUGCAGGAUUGCUGUACGUCUGUAAAUAAUGUACAGUAAUUUCCACCCCAACGUGAACCUAGACAAUUGCUCCAUACAUUGUGUAGAAUCUCGUUGAUGUGUAAAGCACUUUACAAGACGUGCAGUAGAUUGCUGUAUGUAAAAACUUUUUGCAUGUAAAUUCUCCUCAAUUGUCUUUGAGGUUAACAAUUAUUUAAUUUGUUUCCUGCACCAAUUGCCCAUAUUUAUUUCUGGGCCUUAGAGUGCAUAUCUGGUACCUGUGCACUUGAGGUCAAUGGUUGAUAUCUGGUCCUGUGAAGAACUUGUCCAGCAGAAUGUGCAUGAUCUUUUUUCCUGGGACAUUUGGCAUGUAAUCCUGUUUUUAUUUAUUUCGGAGAUCAGUUAGGGGUCAUGCAUUGGUACAUUCAAAAGAGUACAAAUCUUUUAUUUAAAUGUUGAUCAAUAUUCUCAAAGAAUCGACAUUUUUGAAAUUACCAUUUCAGGGAAAAAAGUUUUGUUCUCUUUUGAAAAUAUUGAUAAUUAUGAGUGACCUUUUACCCUUUCGAUGCAGACAGCAUGCAUAGCAUGCCAUGUCACAUGUCCCCAUCACAUGAGGGUGAUGUGCAUAGCGCAUCAUGGCCAUCUAUGAUUUUGAUUUGUCGGCAGGGGUCAUAGCCUCUUUAAACAAUGCAAAAUGUUCUUGGGAAACAUUAGUUUGAUCCAAAUACUGUAGAUGGCGACACUUUUGAUUAGUGGUUGCCUGUUCACUGUUCAGUAGUGCUAUCGACUACUACUCACGAUCAGGCGCUGGCACAAAAACGGGCUUCCGCAUCAAAAGGGUUAAUAAGGUUACAUCAUGUAAUAUGUGACUGAAAUGUACAUCCUUUGAGAUCAUGCACAUAGUGCUGUUAUCAUGAACCAAUCUCACAAUAACUGGUUACAACAAGACGCUGUAGUAUAUAUUGUUCAGUAAAAGUCUGAAAUACUGUAGUUUGUAAUUUUGCAGCUCUAGCACGUUUUGCAAGAGAUAAAUUGUGGGGAAUUUUGUAAGUUGUAUAGUCAACCACUCCAUUUAUUGAGCCUUAUUUUGCAGGAACCUAAGAUUGUGCUUUAUCCAGUCACACAAAUUAAGGUGAUGUAAAUAAAAUGAUUUACACUAUAA